AUGGAAAGUGGUCCAGUCGUCAUUGAUGUUUCUAGAUUUCUUGCUGAUCCAACCAGUGCUGAAGCAUUGGAAGAUUGUAAAAAAUUAGUUAAAACUUUACAAGAAACAUCUUGUUUAGUUAUUAAACAUCCAAAAGUCAAUGAGGAAGAUAAUUCAAGAUUUUUAGAUAUGAUGGAAAAAUAUUAUGAACAACCAACUGAGGAAUUAAUGAAAGAUGUUCAUCCAGAAUGGAGUUAUCAAUUAGGAGCCACACCAGAAUUUACAGAGGAACCAAGAGAUCAUAGUGAAGUUAUCACUAAAUUAUUACCACAAUAUGCAGCACAUGCACCAAAAGGAGCCGAUCCAAAAUGGAGAUUCUUUUGGAGAAUUGGUGAUCGUCCAGAGGAUACUAAAUUUCCAGAAUUAAAUUGUGCCCCAGUCAUUCCAAAAGCAUUCCCGGAAUGGCAAAAUGUUAUGGACUCAUGGGGUUCAUUAAUGUUGUCAUCAAUUGAGACCGUCUCUGAGAUGAUUGCCACUGGUUAUAAUUUACCAAAGGAUUCAAUCACCAACUUGAUGAAGAACGGCCCACAUUUAUUAGCACCAACCGGUUCUGAUUUAAAGAGAUUUGGUAAUUUGGAUCAAAUUUUCGCAGGUUUCCACUACGAUUUCAAUUUAUUGACUAUUCACGGUAAGAGUCGUUAUCCAGGUUUAUACAUUUGGCUUCGUGAUGGUACUCGUGUUCCAGUUAAAGUUCCAAAUGGUUGUUUACUCUUACAAGCUGGUAAACAAUUAGAAUGGAUCACUGGUGGUGAUAUUUUAGCAGGUUUCCAUGAAGUCGUAGUCACUGAAGAUACCUUAAAAGUUAUGGAAAAAUCAAAAGAUGAAGGUAAAUCAUUAUGGCGUAUCUCUUCAACUCUCUUUGGUCAUGUUGCUUCUGAUAAAAAUCUUACCCUCUUAGAACCAUUCAAUAAUCCUCAAAAUCUUGAAAAAUAUCCAAACAUUUUAGCUGGUAAACAAUCUGAAGCUGAAUUAGAAAUGAUUAAAUUAUCAAAAAAAUAA